AAAAGGUCGAGUCAAGACGAGAGACAGAAGCGAAAGGCAGGAAAAAAUAAUCAGUCUGGUUGAAAACUGCAAAUGCGCGCUUGUGUGGCCAAAAGAAAUCUAUCAUCUGUUCGAGAGUGCUUCAAUUCGUGCUAAUCUAUCGGACUAUUAAUUAAUCACCGCUACUGGUGCUAUUAUUCUGCGGAAAACCCUCGCCAUUUCGAGCAGCGAAAAUGGCCAGUUCGUCAAGGGAUCACCACCUAAACAAGGUGUGCUGCUAUGCGCAUCCGGAUGCACCACUGAUAGAAGACUACCGAGCCGGGGAUAUGAUCUGCUCUGAAUGUGGGCUGGUUGUUGGCGACAGAGUAAUAGAUGUUGGUUCUGAAUGGCGAACUUUCAGCAAUGAAAAAGCGGGAGUCGAUCCUUCUCGAGUUGGUGGUCCAGAAAAUCCGCUGCUUAGUGGUGGUGACUUGUCAACGAUGAUUGGACCUGGAACGGGACCAGCUUCAUUCGAUGCUUUUGGAACCGCGAAAUAUCAGAACCGACGCACCAUGAGCAGCUCAGACAGAGCGCUCAUAGCAGCAUUCAAAGAAAUUAGCACAAUGGCCGACAGAAUCAAUUUGCCAAAGACAAUCGUAGAUCGAGCGAACAAUCUGUUCAAACAGGUUCACGAUGGCAAGAACCUGAAGGGUCGUUCGAACGAUGCCAAAGCAUCUGCUUGCUUGUACAUUGCCUGUCGCCAGGAGGGAGUACCGCGUACGUUCAAGGAAAUCUGUGCCGUCAGUAAGAUUAGCAAGAAAGAGAUCGGUCGGUGUUUCAAGCUGACUCUGAAGGCACUCGCCACAUCUGUUGAUCUCAUUACAACGGCUGACUUUAUGUCUCGUUUCUGCGCAAAUUUGGAUCUACCGAAUACGGUGCAGCGCGCCGCAACACAUAUCGCCCGGAAGGCAGUCGAGAUGGACAUUGUACCUGGACGGUCGCCGAUCUCAGUGGCCGCCGCUGCUAUCUAUAUGGCUUCGCAGGCUUCAGAUCAGAAAAAGACCCACAAAGAAAUUGGCGAUAUUGCUGGGGUGGCCGAUGUCACCAUCCGGCAGUCAUACCGUCUAAUGUAUCCUCAUGCCGCCGAGCUGUUUCCGGAGGACUUUAAAUUUACAACUCCAAUCGAUCAAUUACCACAAAUGUAGAACACAGCCGAUUUGUGUUUUCCUUUAGGACGGCAAACAGGAAUGCCUUUUUCCUGAAAUCUUGACUAGGGACGUUGUGCUUUUCUUAUUUGAAAAAUGUUUCUAGUAAAACAUACAAAACGCCUUGCCUUUCUCGUUGGCGAUAAAACAAACAAACGACUAGAGAUGCCUUCAAAGAAGAAAAACGUCACCUCACCUGAUCAGGGGAAAGUCUUGAGUACAGUGUUAUGAAAUAUGAAAUAGGUGUAUUAUUUUCUUAAAUAUGGAACCCCAAUAAAAAUAUUACAACGCAGUAGAUUACAAAAUUGCUUUU